AAAACUUUCCAAGCCAUCCGUGAGCUAGUCCGUUUGGCUAGUUUCAAAAGUAGAAGACGCGACAGUUGAUCUUCAGUUAACAGGUAGACUUUUGACGGUGCAGAGCAGUGCAUUUCCGGGUAGUGAGGGACUUUACAAACAAAAUGAAGAGUGAACUGUGCGUUUUAGCGGUUGCGAUUAUUGGAUACGUAUCUGCUCAAUCCAAAGAAAUCCAGGAAGAUCCAUGUAAGGUGAAAUCCAGAGUAGUGAGUGACGUUACGUACUGCGAUAGGUAUUGGGAAUGUGUAGAUGGACAGCCCGAGUUGUAUGACUGCCCAAAUGGUCUGGUAUUCGCAGGAAAGAAUAGAGGAGUCACCGAAGGAUGCGAUUAUCCUUGGAGGUCGAAUUACUGUGCCGGAAAACAACAAGCAAAUCCACCAAUUGGAACCGAACAUUGUGAAUGGUUGUAUGGCAUAUUUGGUCACGAAACGUCGUGUACUCGAUACUGGACCUGUUGGAAUGGAACUACUACUGAGCAGUUUUGUAUCGGGGGCCUCCUAUAUAACGAGAAAACCCACUCUUGUGACUGGCCAGACAAUGUUGUUGGAUGCCAAAAACACCCACUUUGCAACGACGACCCUAACGGCAACGUACCUCUCGGAAAAUCCUGCAACCGCUACUGGCAGUGCCAAGGGGGCUAUCCCAGACUCCAGCGUUGCCCCGCCAUGUUGGUUUUCGAUCGCAAUUCGUUGAGGUGUGUGGUACCUCCUACAGAAGACUGCGACGUACCUAGUACUCUCCCACCCCCACGACAAGAGGAAGAAGAGUUUGACAAUGUACCACAGAAUAACCCAAAGAAUAGAGAACAGAAGGGAGAGUUCCCAAAUCUUCCUCCUGGAGCUUUACCUGUACCAGCGAAGAACAACAGGCCAAGGAAUUAGCAAGUGGCCAAGUAGUGUUUAUAUAGCACCGAGACAUAUAUUAUUUAUAAGAACAAUAGAUUUAGGUGAAUAAAGAUUUUUUGGUUGGAAAUUCGUUCCAUUCAGAUAUGACUUUUCAUAUUCUGAAGGAAACACUAUAUCAAACCAAUAAUGUACAUAUUUAUUCCAUGUUGAAAGUGAUCACGCUUAGAGAAGGGAAAAUUUAUAAUUUGCAUGAUGAGAUUAGAAUAUUACUGAAGUUAUACCAUAACACCAAACCGUCA